UGCACAUUAUUUCCACGUCAUAUAUCUCUUUUACUUAGAGACAACAUGAUACAAGGAUCACAAUCUCAUAUUCAACCUUGUCACUUCCUUUACAAGUCCAACAAUGUGAUCUUGCUUGGUUUUUUUCUAAUAAUAAUGGUAGUUUCCUUACAGGUAACCGAGUCAGGAUACUUGGUUAAAACACUUCCAGGUUUUUCUGACGAUCUUCCUUUCAUACUCGAAACCGGUUAUACUGACUCUCAAGAAAACAAUGUGCUUUAAGUUACAUUUCGGUAGGAGAAUUUGAUGACGUGCGGUUCUUUUACUACUUUGUUGAGUCGGAAAGAAGUCCAGAAAACGACCCUCUCAUACUUUGGGUGAGAGGAGGGCCUGGUUGUGGUGUUCUCAGUUCUAUUUUCUUUCAAAUAGGCCCCAUCUCUAUCAACUUAGCAAAUUCUACUUUGGAGAAUCCAAUGCUGGAGUUAAGAUCUGAUAGUUUAACAAAGGUAGCCAACAUAUUAUUUCUUGAUGAACCUGCUGGAUCUGGAUUCUCAUAUGCAAAAUCUCCUGAAGCUUACAUGACAAACGAUACAUUAACACCAAUUCUGAUACACAAAUUUAUAAGGAAGUGGCUUGUGGAUCAUUCUAAAUUUGUCAAGAAUCCCUUAUAUGUUGGUGGUGAUUCCUAUAGUGGCAUAGUAGUGCCAAUGACUAUUCAGAAAAUUUAUAACAGUAAUGAAGGUGGAGAAGAGCCACAUAUCAACAUCAAAGGGUACAUUCUUGGUAAUCCUGUAACAGAAAAAAAUGCUGAAUAUAACGCAAAAAUCAAACAAGCUCAUCGUAUGGCACUCUUAUCAGAUAAAAUAUACGAGUCGGUUAAAAAUAAUUGUCAUGGUGAGUACUUUAAUGUAAAUCCAAACAACAGUCUUUGCAUACAUGAUCUUCAAGUGGUACACAAGUGCGUGGAAAGAAUUAACGUGUACAACAUGAUAGAGCCUGUUUGUGACCCUUUAAACACAUCGAGAUCUGAGCUCUUGAGGAGGGACUUAAGGUCUCUUGAAAAGACAUCUAUUGAUAUUUCGUCAUCAGAUGAAGUUGAGACACAAUGGGAUUGCAAUUCAAUGUCUGCAUACACUGAGGCAUGGGCUAAUAGGAAAGAUGUAAAAGAGGCUCUUCAUGUUAGUGAGGACUUUACCAAAAUUAGGUGGGUGGUAUGCAAUGAAAGCUUGACUUAUGAUUAUGGUAACCCAGUGAAAACUUACAAGUUCAACGUCAUGAGUACUGUUGCAUAUCAUGAAGAAUUUUCUCAUAGACAUUUACGAGCUCUAGUAUAUAGUGGAGAUCAUGAUUUAUUUGUUCCACAUUUCUCUACACUGAAAUGGAUUAAAUCGAUAAAUUUGUUACUCGUGGAAGAUUGGAGACCGUGGUAUGUCGACAAACAAAUAGCCGGAUAUACGAUGAAAUACUCAAACCAUGACUAUAGACUGACAUUUGCUACAGUGAAGGGAGGAAGUCACACGGCUCCGGAGAAUAGACCUAAAGAAUGUUUAAAUAUGUUUAUGAAGUGGAUUACUAAUGUAGACUUGUAAACAAAACCCAUAAAACUUGAUGUUAGUUUCUUAUGGUGUGUGCACCCGUUUGUA